CAUAGUUACGACGCAAUGGGACACGUCAGCCUAGCUUAUCUGCAAUUCUUCUCAUCUCUGUAUAACUACACACCCGCCACUAUCCUACGCCACUACCCUCCUCCACUUCAACCCUCACACCCUCCGCACAUGGCUGCUCCCGCCAAUUCCCACCAAUCAAAUCCUCUCAUCACUCCCUACAAGAUGGGAACUUUCAAUCUCUCUCAUAGGGUUGUCUUGGCACCGCUGACCAGACAGAGGUCCUACAACAACGUUCCACAACCGCACGCCGUCCUUUAUUAUUCUCAGAGAGCCUCCAGUGGAGGCCUUCUCAUUGCCGAAGCCACCGUAGUUUCCGAUACCGCUCAAGGGUAUCCCGACACGCCAGGCAUAUGGACGAAGGAGCAAGUGGAAGCAUGGAAACCUAUUGUCGAUGCUGUUCAUGCGAAAGGCGCUGUCUUCUUUUGUCAGAUUUGGCAUGUGGGAAGAGUUUCAAAUUCAGAUUAUCAGCCAAAUGGACAAGCACCCGUAUCAUCUACGGACAAGCCACUCACACCACAAAUUCGAAGCAACGGCAUUGAUAAAGUGCAUUACACGACACCACGGCGCCUGAGGACCGAUGAAAUUCCUCANAUUGUGAACGAUUUCAGACUUGCUGCAAGGAAUGCCAUCGAAGCUGGUUUUGAUGGGGUUGAGAUCCACGGGGCACAUGGCUACAUACUGGAGCAAUUUAUGAAAGACCAGGUGAAUGACAGAACAGAUGAAUACGGUGGAUCCCUCGAGAACAGGUGUCGAUUUCCUUUGGAGGUUGUCGAAGCUGUUGUUAAUGAGAUNGGGUCGNAUAGAGUUGGAAUUAGGCUAUCACCUUUUGCANAGUAUGCAGAAUGUGNGGACUCAAAUCCCAAACAGCUGGGGCUUUACAUGGUUAANGCCCUGAAUAAGUAUGGUAUUCUGUACUGUCACAUGGUGGAACCGAGAAUGAAAACUGUUGCACAGAAAAUCGAAUGCCCCGACAGCCUGGUACCUAUGAGAAAGGCCUUCAAUGGUACUUUUAUAGCUGCUGGAGGUUAUGAACGGGAAGAUGGAAUGAAAGCCAUUGCUGAAGACAGAGCUGAUCUUGUUGCUUUUGGUCGCUGGUUUUUGGCUAAUCCAGAUUUGCCAAAGAGAUUUGCUCUCGAUGCUCCUCUCAACAAGUAUCACAGGGAAACAUUCUACACCAGUGAUCCCGUUCUUGGUUACACUGACUACCCUUUUCUUGAUGAGGACUCCAACGGUGUAGCAUCCUAGUAUUUGUAAUACUAAGCUUUGUACGACAUAACAUUAUGUGAUCCUUGUAAACAAAUAAAAUAUAAAUUCUGUAA